AUGGAGUGGGCCAUGAUGUAUUCUGGACGUCCGGAUAGACCAAAAAGAGUGGAUGAGAGUACAUCUACUGCUGAAAAAGAGAUGCAGCAAGCAAUGGACUUUGUUAAUAAUAACGCGGACGUUCCAUUAGAAGACCUAGCUCUUCAAAAUCAAGAGUUGCAGAAAGAGAAGUGGAUUGAGUACCGUAAACUCAAAGCUCGCAAGUGUCCAACUCUCGAGGAGCAGAAGCGUGGUGAGAACGGGAGAAUCAUCUUCUCCGAUGAGUACAUCGACUUUAUCUUCUACCGCGAACUCCAGCCACUCGUUGAUAUUCGUGUUCUUCAACACACCGAGAACAUCAUUAAGGAGAGAAUUGCCAUUCGUGAUGCUAAGAAGUUCGCCGAGGAUAAUGGACUGGUAUUCGAUGAGGCAGCUGUAAUCAAAACUCAUCGCGAAAAUGUGGAACCAUCGACCUCCACCCCAACUGCAUGA